CGCCUUUUGGCAAUUUUGAUGAAGCCACUGCUUUUUUAUUUCUGUCAAAUCUGCAUACAAUUUAACUUUUCUCUCAUAAAAAAAGCAUAAUAGCAUAGAAUGAAUCAAGAAGCUCCUCAGCUUGAUAAGCUUGAAACUGCCAAAGAAAAUUUUAUUAAUCUUCUUUCUGAAUUGAAUGAUACACAGCUGCAUGCUUUUCAAGAAUUUGUACAAGAAGCGAUCGAAAAAUAUCAUGAAGAAAUUCACGGUCAGCAACAUAGCGAUGAUAUUGAUACUGCAGAGGAUAUGGAUGUUGAGCAACAUGAUGGAAGUUUCCAACCUGUCAGUGAUGCGAAAAUGAUGCGUCUGGGCCGUAUCAUCAAAGAUUUACGUACAAAAGUACCUCUUUCAGCGGAAGCUCCUGGAGAAAAGACAGCUAUUCCUCAGACACCAGAAUUUGAAGGUUAUACCGAUCAAAAUACUGUGCAUGUUGAUGGGUUCUUAUUUUCUGAAGAAGAUGUGGAUGAAUUAUGUGCUGAAGGCAAAAUGUCUCGCAACUAUUGUUUGGAUUGUAAUUCAAAGAAUACUGCUCCAUUAAACUUCAUUUCACAUUCAGCCUCGGUGAUACAAUUGCAGUUCCUUUACCAAGUAGCUUUAGCUGAUAAAGCUAAAGAUAAAGUGAUUGUUGAUAUUGGAUCGAGAUUAGGUGCCGUUCUUUACACAGGUCAUCUAUUUACUCGUGCACGUAAACUAAUUGGCGUUGAAAUCAAUGAAUGGUUCUGUAAAUUACAGCAAGACAUUAUUAAGAAAUUCAAAAUGGAUGAUCGUGUCUCCGUUUUGUGCAAAGAUAUUCAAACUAUUCCUGAACUUAUAUCUCAGGAGGCCGAUAUCAUCAUUAUGAACAACGUCUUUCAAUUUUUUAACGAAUUACCUGUUCAGCAACAAAUUUGGAAGUUUAUUCGUAAUGAAACUAAGAAGAAACCUGGGUUGUUGAUUGUGACACUACCUUCGUUGCAGGAACAAUUGAGAGAAGCAGGAUUAUCAGCAUCAAAGUUACUACGUGGCUGGGUUAAAGAAGUCAAGCUAACUUAUGAUGCCGGCUGGUUUCAGGAAAUUCAUGAAGAUGAACUAGAAGAGAUUAAGCAAGUUCAUUUGUAUAAAGUUUUGUAAACGAUGUCAAUUAUUUCUUGUACUCUAGAUCAAAAAUAAAAAACCCAAUUUGCAUAAUGAA